CACCACGUGUGGCGUGGGAGUGAACGGAUCCACGUGGUGGUGGCAGAUGUCGCCCCCGAAGCUUGCGAGCUUUCAAACUGAAAACAGUCAGUCGACAGCCGACCGUGCUGCACGAGAUGUGAGUUAUGUUGUUGUGAUACCGGAAGAGGACUUCUAUGACCCUGCAACAGAACGAAGGAAUGUAAAUAUUAAAGAUAGUCGAGGGAUCCGCGUUACCACCACGCCGAAGGCUGGGUAAAAUCAACAGACGUCGGAGAAUAUCAGAAGCUUCGGGGGAUGCGAAAACCGGGGGACGAUGUCAAUGAGACCGGCCUGGGGGCCGAAGUUGUUUCUCGUGCUGAUGACGACCACGAUCGUUAUCGGCAAUUAUCAGCGUCAUCGUGAGAGAACCCAUUUACGCGAGCAGCUCGUUAACGGGCACAAAGUAACGAGGAACAUCACCAAGUUACAAGAGGAAAUAAUUGCCAAUUUGCCACCCCUUCGAAUUCCUCGCCUGAGACAUCAUCGAGUGACAGACUGGGAUCCUUAUUUCGAAAAUGCUGAAGGUCAGGGUAUCAAUGGAUCUCAAAAUGUGGCGUUACACCUUGGUGCCACAGCUCUCCUCGACUGUCGUGUUGCAAUGUUAGCGGGGAAAAAGGUCAUGUGGUUACGCCGCAACGCGGACUGGGCAUCCCUUUUAACUCUGGGUAACACUACUCACAUUUCCGAUCCCAGGUACAGCGUUAGCUUUCAAUAUCCGAAUAAUUGGAGACUGGCGAUCGCCGGGGUGAGAAAGGAAGAUCGCGGAUUAUACGUCUGUCAAGUGAACACGCAUCCCCCGAGAAUGCUCAUCACUAAUGUCACCGUUCUAGCUCCGGAUAUCAGGAUCGUGGACGAGGCCAGACACGAGCUACGGGACCGUUACUACAAAACCGGAAGCGGUAUCGAGUUGGCAUGUGUGGCCCGACCUUCUUGUCCCGACUCCAGGAUACCGCAUCCCGUCUGGAGGAAAAAUGGCGAAACGUUGCCGGAUCACGUCAACGUUUAUCACAUUAAUGGGUCGAACGAAGAUCUGGUGACCAAGCUGUACAUCGAACAGGCAAAAAAGACUGACAGCGGUGAAUACUCGUGCUCAGUGAGCCAAUUCAGUACCGCCGCAGUGCAUAUUCACGUUCUGAAUGGUGAAAAGCAAGCAGCAGUUCACCAUGACCAGUGGAAUGGAGCACAAACAAAUCACCAUGAAAAACUGAGCAGGUUAUACAUCAUGAUCGUCAGUUUGCUCCUAUCUCAAAUUUGGAUGAUUAAUUCACCGUGAAUCUCAUCAAAACAUCUUGAAACCAUCACUGCACGUUACUUUGUACAAUCAUCGGUUUAUGGAUGAUUAUCAGAAAGCGUUCAAACAACAGAUCAGUAUUACAAUAGACGAAAAUUGUCGAAUCAAUUAUUGUAUGCAAUGAAUUAGUGUAUAUUGUAUACAAUACUGCGAUAAUAAAUAUAAACAGAAGUGUGAUGAUUAACUUGAUUCGAACCUGGCAACAAGGAUACAAAGAAAUUUUUUGAGGAAUCUCGUUGAACCUGGUAAAUACAUGUUACCAUAUGUUUCCAAAAGGAAAGGAAAAUUUUCGAAUUAGCAUAUAUGAUAUUUUUAAAAAAUUUACUGGUCACACGUACGCUUUACGCAGUCAAAGCCGUAAGAAAAAUUCCUACUGCCUUUGUAUAAUUUUAGGUCAUAUUGUUCUACUACAUUUUAUUAUAAUAAUAACAAAAUAACUGAUAUAAAAAUGAACAUCCUCUAUUGAACAGUCUCUGCAUAAAAAGAAAAGAAACAUUGGAAAUUGGAAAUAAAUUGUAACAUGUAUUUAUUAUAUUGGUCCAUAAACUAUUUGCAAUGAGAAAAUGCGUAUAUUUGUAGUUUAAAAAUAAGAUCAUAAACAUUCCAUUCUCCUGUUCUCAAUGGCCUGUACAUAAAAUAAUUGUCGCGUAGCGAACCCUUUGUACCACAAAUUGCCGUAGCAGCAAUACGCAACAAUGAUUGUAUAGCGGAGAAAAUAUUGUGCUCGAUUGAUCGACCUGCUGCCAUCUGAUAUAAUUUGACAAAUG